AUGGAGCUCCUGCGGGACAGCAUCCCCAUGGUGUCCCUGGCCGCCGCGGCCGCCGCGCUGUACGCGCGCAUGGCCUCGUCGCUCCUCCGCCCCGGCCUCCCGCGCCUCGUCUCGCUGCUCCCGCUCUUCCCAUUCCUCGCCGCCGCUCCCCUGGCCCUCACUUCCUCCGCCAUCGUCCGGGGCACCGCCGCCUUCUUCCUGACCUGGCUCUGCACGUUCAAGCUCGCCCUCCUCGCCGCCGGCCGCGGGCCGCUCGACCCCGCGCUCCCCGUGCUGCCGUUCCUCUUCACCACGCUGCUCCCCGUCAAGCUCCGCCCCUCCGGUGCGGGAGCAUCCAAAGCCAAGCCGCUGCCGUCGCUCGUCUCUUGCGCGGCCAAGGUCGCCGCCAUAGCCGCCAUCCUCGGCAUCUACCAGUACAACGCUCGGCUGCACCCCUACGCGCGCCGGACGCUGUACGGCGUCCACAUAUACUGCUUCCUGGACCUCUUCUUCCCCUGCAUCGCGGCGGCCGCCGGCGCGCUCGGCAUGGAGACGGAGCCGCAGUUCGACCGCCCCUACCUGGCCUCCUCGCUGCGGGACUUCUGGGGCCGCCGGUGGAACCUCAUGGUGUCGGCCAUCCUCCGGCCGUCGGUGUACAUCCCCGUGCUUGCGCGCGCCGGGAGCCCCGCCGGCGUGCUGGCCACCUUCCUGGUGUCCGGGCUGAUGCACGAGGGCAUGGUGUACUACCUCAGCUUCCGGCGGCCGGACGGCCGGAUGACCGCCUUCUUCCUGCUCCAUGGCGUCUGCUGCGUCGCCGAGGGGUGGUGCGCCCGGCGGUGGGCGGCGAGGGGGUGGCCGUCGCCGUCGCGGGCCGUGGCGACGGUGAUUGUGGUGGUGUUCGUCGCCCGCACGUCGUUCUGGCUCUUCUUCCCGCCGUUGUGCAGGGACGGAGGCGAGGAGAAGCUGCUGGCGGAGUGGGCUGCCCUGGCGGCCUUCUUCCUCGACGCCGGCAGAAAGAUUAAUGGCAUUGUACGUUCAACCGACUAA